CGCCUCCACAGCCUCAUUCGCCUUCCCACCUCCCCCUUGCAAGUCAUAGCACACCUCGCGGCGGCGGCGCCCGAGACCGGCGGCGGGCGGCGGAGGCAGCAUCAGCCAUGGUGCACGUCAGCUUCUACCGCAACUAUGGUAAAACUUUCAAGAAGCCAAGGCGUCCGUAUGAGAAGGAGCGCCUUGAUGCUGAGCUGAAGCUGGUUGGUGAGUAUGGCCUGAGGUGCAAGCGCGAGCUGUGGCGUGUGCAGUAUGCCCUCAGCCGCAUCCGGAAUGCUGCAAGGGAGCUCCUCACCCUUGACGAGAAGAACCCCCGCCGUAUCUUCGAGGGCGAGGCACUCCUGCGCCGCAUGAACCGCUAUGGUCUCCUCGGUGAGGGCCAGAACAAGCUCGAUUACGUUCUUGCGCUCACUGUUGAGAACUUCCUUCAGCGUCGUCUUCAGACCAUUAUCUUCAAGAAUGGCAUGGCAAAGUCCAUCCAUCAUGCUCGUGUGCUCAUCAGGCAACGCCACAUUAGAGUUGGGAGGCAGCUUGUAAACAUUCCCUCAUUCAUGGUCAGAGUUGACUCUGAGAAGCACAUUGACUUCUCCCUUACCAGCCCGCUCGGUGGUGGUGAGCCUGGAAGAGUGAAGAGAAAGAACCAGAAGAAGGCUUCUGGUGGAGGAGGUGAUGGUGAUGAGGAUGAAGAGUGAUCACGUGAUGAUAGCACCGGGUUUUGUUGUUAGGACCAAAUUUUGCUGGCCCUGUUAGGACCUAAACUUGUUAGAUGAACUGAAGCAAAGAGUUGGCCACCGGGUUGUCUAAAAUUGCAAAUUUAAAUUAUUGAAAACCAUCAUUGCUGAGACUGUUUUAUUGAGUUUUUUUAUCUGAUGAAUAUGCAUGUGAAUUCAGUGAGACCUCAUUAAAAUGUUUCACCAGUUCCUUAAA